AUUUCUCUACCUAAAACAAGGAAACUUAAAAGAGUUCAAAACUCUUAAAAAACCACUUUAAGAAAGAAAGAAAGUGACGGAGUUUUUGGCUCAACAUCAAUCAUAUCAAAUACAUAAACACAUACAAACUCAUUUUCAUGAAAAAAAAAAGUGAAUUAUUGAAUAGGUUUGUUUGAUGGCAGAAUCCAACGAAGUGUUGUUAGAAGCUCAGUUAGCUGUUGUUGAUGGAGUCGUUGACUACAGAGGACAACCUGCCGUUAGAUCCAAAACUGGCUAUUGGAGAUCCGCUUGGUUUAUCAUAGGUGUGGAAAUGGCAGAGAGGGCAUCAUAUUAUGGAAUUCAAGGGAAUUUGAUAUCAUAUCUAACAGGACCACUCAAACAAAGCACUGCAAAAGCUGCUGAAAAUGUGAAUAUUUGGGCUGGAACUGCUUCUCUACUUCCUCUCUUUGGUGCUUUCAUUGCUGAUUCUUUUCUUGGACGCUACCGCACAAUCAUGCUUGCUUCUCUCAUCUAUAUAUUGGGACUAGGCUUGUUAACAUUAUCAGCUAUGCUUCCUUCACUCACAUCUUGUUCUACUCAAUCACAAGUAAUCUUAUUCUUCAUCUCACUCUAUCUAGUAGCCAUUGGACAAGGUGGACAUAAACCUUGUGUUCAAGCUUUCGGGGCUGACCAAUUCGACGAAAAAUAUCCUAAGGAGCACAAAGCUAGAAGCUCAUUCUUUAAUUGGUGGUAUUUUACUAUGGUUGCAGGUGCCGCGGCAACACUUUCGAUCUUGACUUAUAUACAAGAUAACUAUAGUUGGGUUCUUGGAUUUGGAAUCCCUUGUGUUAUAAUGAUCAUAGCCUUGAUUGUUUUCUUGCUUGGAACAAUGACCUAUAGGUUUAACAUUAAGGAUAAAGACAAGAGUCCUUUUCUUAGAAUUGGUCGUGUAUUUGUUGCGGCUGCGAGAAAUUGGCAAAAUUCCUUGUCAACGACGGAUAUUGAAGAGGAAUGUGAUGGACUACUUCGCAGUCGUCAAAGUUCUAAACAAUUCAACUUCCUCAACAAGGCAUUGGUAACACCAAAGGGAUCCAAAGAAUGUAGCAUUAGUGAGGUCGAAGAAGCAAAGGCAGUACUAAGGUUAAUUCCAAUUUGGGCGACAACUUUAGUUUAUGGCAUUGUCUUUGCUCAAGUUUUUACUUUCUUCACCAAGCAAGGGAGUUCAAUGGAGAGAACAAUAUUUCCUGGCUUCGACAUACCUCCUGCUUCUCUUCAAACGAUAAACGGUGUUGCAAUUGUUGUCUUCAGCGCAAUCUACGACCGCAUAUUUGUGCCACUAGCAAGAGCUAUAACCGGUAAAACCUCAGGUAUCACAAUGCUUCAAAGAAUUGGCACUGGAAUUUUUCUAUCUAUAUUCACAGUAGUACUUGCAGCCUUUGUUGAGAAUAAAAGACUAAAAGUAGCACAAGAGCAUGGUCUUGUUGAUGAUCCUAAUGCAACUGUUCCAAUGAGUAUAGGGUGGUUGAUUCCUCAGUAUGUUUUGUUUGGUGUUUCUGAGGUUUUUACCAUGGUUGGUCUUCAGGAAUUUUUCUAUGAUCAAGUCCCAAAUGAACUAAGAAGCAUGGGACUUGCACUCUAUUUGAGUAUUAUUGGUGUUGGAAGCUUUCUAAGUGGCUUUCUCAUUUCAUUGAUAGAACAUUUUACUGGCAAAGAUGGUCAUGAAAGUUGGUUUUGUGACAAUAUCAAUAAGGCACAUCUUGAUUACUUUUAUUGGUUACUUGCUGGAUUAAGUGUGUUAGGGUUUACUUUGUUUGUUUACUUUGCAAAAUCUUACAUUUAUAAUCAUAAAAGUGUCAUCACACAAGGAUAGUCACCGAUUAAGGUUUAAUUGUAUAGUGUUUGAUAAAACUUUAAUAAUAUCGUGUAUUUUGGUAAUAUCUAAUAGUAUAUUGGAUUGAAUGGCAUGUAAAUACUCUA